UUUUCCCAUUUAACAGGAAAUAUUGAAGAGGAGUCAACUGUCACAGAUUGCGGUAAAAAUAUGGAGUCAACAAGUGAAACCAAAUCGCAAAAAGAAUCUUCUCAUUUGGAUUCCAGUGAGCCUGGAGGCGAACGUAUUGGAAAGGCUUCUAGCUUUAGGUUACCUAGCUAUACAAACCAUUCACAAGAAGGAUCUACAUUUAUCACAGACAAUAGCAUCACGGAUACAUAUGAAACCAGUGACAAUCAAGAGUCCAAACUCACAGGCUCUGUAACCUUCAUUCAAAGACUGAAAUCAGCUCUUAAGGGCUUAGGAAAACACAAAUCUUCUAAAAAGAGACCAAAUGCUGAAGCCGAGGCUGGAGAGGACGAAUGUAAGCCAGAUGGGACUGAAACAUUUUCCUCUGUCCAUAUAGAGGCGAUCACCGAGGUAGAAGGUGAAGCAUUCAAAUCAGAGGACCCUGGUGUUAUCCAUGUCGAUUCAACCAGUGACGCAGAAAAGAAACAUUGUAAGUCAGAGGAGGCUCCUUCUUAUCUGCCCUAUGAUGAUUUUUCCCAUUUAACAGGAAAUAUUGAAGAGGAGUCAACUGUCACAGAUUUCGUUAAAAAUAUGCAGUCAACAAGUGAAACCAAAUCGCAAAAAGAAUCUUCUAAUUUGGAUUCCAGUGAGCUUGGAGGCGAACUUAUUGGAAAGGCAUCUAGCUUUAGGUUACCUAGCUAUACAAAAGAUUCACAAGAGGCUCUGAAAGGCUCUGAAACAUUCAUUCAAAGGGUGAAAUCAGGUGUUAAUGACUUAGGAAAACACAAACAAUGUCAAAAAGACCAACAGACCGAGAAGAAGGACUCAUCAGAAGGUAGCAGCAAAAGUAUUGCUCCUGACACUGUAUCAAUUACAACAAAAUUGGACCAGAGUUCUUUCUAUACAGAGGCAAUCAGUCAGUCAGAAACUGAAGGAUUUAAUUCAGAGGAGAUCCAACCAGUGGGUACGUCUAUGAGUGAGACAGUUUGCUGCAUGCCUUCUCUACUCUGUACAAAAUUUACUUACACUACAUCUGACCCGAUAAAAUCCAAACUCCAAGCUCGGCAUCUAGAUUCAUCUGAUCAGAGUGAAAAUGAAGCAUGUCAAUUACAAAAGACCAAAACACUCUCCCCUGAGAUCUCUGCCAUAUCCUUAUCUCAAAAACCACAGCAUACUGAAAAGAAGCACAUUCAAAUAGGCAUGGAUCUUCAGAAAGAAAUUACAUCUAUACCAGUAGAGAGGUUGGCUCACUUAAAACAAUUAAUUACCAAUGACAUUAUAAGGAUCUUUGAUUUUUCUGAAAAAAACAUUUCUGAUGCUAUUCACAUUAAAUUAGAAACCAUCAGAGACACAUUGAUUGUUAGCAUGGAGUCAACCUUUGAAGAGCUUAUUAAAAGCACACAUAUGCCCUCUACCAGCUCAUCUACGGCGUGUGAGAGGGCAAAAUACCCUCAAAUGGCAACUCCCAGUAAAGCUAGUUUCCCCACAAACCAUUACCCUAGUAUCCCUGGCCACCAUGCCAGAAAUACCUGUCACAAGAAAAGACCGUGGUACUUUUGUUUUAAAAAGAAUAAUAAGGUUGCACCAUUGCCACCAUCACAACAAAACUGAGUCUAUAUAUGUGUGAAGUAUAAAUUGUGGUUUUCGCACACAUUAUAAAACGUAAACAUAUUUCUAAAAUCAAACAAAACAGGGAACCAAUUAGGUUGCUUGAUAGAAAAAAGAUGAAUAGUAUAACAUAAGUAAAACACGUUUAACCCCCAAUGAGACUGAUUGGCCAACCAGUUACCAUGAAUUAUAAUCCUAUUCACCACAUUUAACAAAAACUUAGGUAACAGUAAACAAUUCAGUCUAAGUUAGCUUUAUUUUCAAAGAAAGUCAGUCAGAAUCUGUAAAAUAUCUGGUGGCUGCAUUGGAAUUUGCAUGUCCUCCCUGUGCAUGUGUGGGUUCUCUCCAGGUACUCUGGCUUCCCCCUAUAAAAGCUGACCUUUAAAAAAAAUGACAUUUUAAAAUAAAAAAAAACAGCUUGAAUUGCAUAAUAAUAGCCUCAACAAUAAUUAGGUAAACAUUUUAUAUGAAAAUUAUUUUAUAUUAAUGGAAAAUGAAA